CGGACUCUCAACCACUGCGCCACCAGAGAAGCCCUGGAGGCACCAUUUUAAACCUGGUUUUAUUGCUUUGCCCAGUGUCUUCCCUUCCAUUGGAGACUGUCAUCUGGUAGGAGUGAGGAAUGAAUAGCCGAUGGUGUUUUUUCUCAGCUGGCUUAACUCAGGCCCCCCAAGCUCGUUUCUGAGCCUUUGAGCUCCAGUGAACAGUGCUUGGUCCUCUGCACCACACGCACACACAUGCACACGCACGCACACACGCACACACGCACGCUGAAACUGCUCCAAGCAUGGAGCCCUCUGGCUAACAGUUCUGUCCACCCGCAACCAUGUGGUUGGACUGUAUUUUUACUGCCAACUUUGGGCACAAGGUGAAUGAGGAGACCAGGCUACUCGCCUGGCCAAACCAGGUACAGUCUGCAAGGGAAUGGCUGAUUGGUUUAGGACAGCGCCUGCACUACAGAUGUGUCUUUUGUGGAGCAAAUAAAGGAUUGGAUCAUAAGUAAACGGAGCGGAAUUCAAAGCCAGAUCUGGUUUCCUAAGUGUGGAGGAUGCAAUGCUAAUGUUUGACAAGACGACCAACAGGCACAGAGGGUUUGGCUUUGUCACUUUUGAGAAUGAAGACGUUGUGGAGAAAGUCUGUGAGAUUCAUUUCCAUGAAAUCAAUAAUAAAAUGGUAGAAUGUAAGAAGGCUCAGCCGAAGGAAGUCAUGUUCCCACCUGGGACAAGAGGCCGGGCCCGGGGACUGCCUUAUACCAUGGAUGCUUUCAUGCUUGGCAUGGGGAUGCUGGGCUACCCCAACUUUGUGGCAACCUAUGGCCGCGGCUACCCUGGAUUUGCUCCUAGCUAUGGCUAUCAGUUCCCAGCCCUAUUACCAUAUUUAAAUGCAAGCUUCCCGGCAGCGGCUUAUGGACCAGUGGCGGCGGCGGCGGUGGCAGCAGCACGAGGAUCAGUCCUGAAUAGCUACAGUGCUCAACCGAAUUUUGGCGCGCCCGCUUCCCCGGCAGGCUCCAACCCGGCGCGGCCCGGAGGCUUCCCGGGGGCCAACAGCCCAGGACCUGUCGCCGAUCUCUACGGCCCUGCCAGCCAGGACUCCGGAGUGGGGAAUUACAUAAGUGCGGCCAGCCCACAGCCGGGCUCAGGCUUCGGCCACGGCAUAGCUGUAAGUACCUUCCUGCCCCUGCCCUCCUGCCCAUCUCCUGUGGCCCCCCCGGGGCGGGUGUGCCAGAAAAGCCCAGAGGUGGGAGGCCAGGAGAGGGCAGCCCGUCCCCAUCCGCAUCACGUCAGCCAUCCAGGGCUGAAGCUUCUUCGUUUAGGUGCUUCCUGGGCACCUGCGGGUCAGGCACGGUGUGCAGCCGUGGGAGAGUGGAGAGAGCGUGGGCAGGUCAGGUUCAGAUCACCACUCCAGCACGUCCAGCCCAUGCAACCUUGAGCCACGUAUAUAAUCCGCUGCUUCCCUGGCUGCCAAACGAAGAUAAGUGUUCCUCCCUCAAAAGAUUGUGAGAGAAUACUUGGAAACAGGAUAUGUCAGCAGCUGGCUCACAGUAGAGCCUCAGUAUCAGCCCCCUCUCCCGUAUCCCGGCCUCCUGGAGACUCGUGUGCGCUGCGACCUUGGAGCUACAGACCCGCCCCACAGGGUAGCAGCUUAGUCGGGAGAGUCACCGCCCAAGGUCCAGAGGCAGCGCCGGGGCCUGGGACAUAGCGUGGGGUGCAAGCCCUGUCCCAGGAGGUCUCCUCCGCUAAUGUUUCUUAACAGUUUCCAGGUUCCAAGUAAGUUCCCCUUUGCGAUCUUUAGCUGCGCCUGCCCCCGAAGGCCAGAUGCAUUUGAUAUUUGUAAUGCUCUGUGGUUCUAUAAUCUGACUAAUCCAGGCAAUGGAAAUUUGCUUAACAGAUUUGCAUGCUGUUUUCAGAUUGUAUUGUUCUUCCCCCUCGCAGUGUGCGUGAGCAUGAAUGUGCCUGAGCCCACUUACUCGCUUGUCCCUUCCAUUUGGAAAACAGAAAAUCGGCCCACCUCACCAUCUUGGAGGCAGUUUGAUUUUGAGCUGAGUUGGGAGUGUCUGCUGUCCCAGGUCAUGUCCCUGUCGGGAGAGCCCUGCCUCCCGAGCCGUGCUGGGGAGAACAGAACAAGGGCAGACAGUCUGGGCACCAGGGCAGCCCGUCCCUGACCCUGGUGUUAGAAGUCCUCCAUCCCCACCUCAGACGCACGUGUGUACACUCUCAUGCGUGCACACGCACGCUACACACACACACACACACACACACACACACACACACACACACACACACACACACACACACACACACACACACACACACACACACACCUGCCAUCCCUGGCCUGUGCGGUCUGGGUCCUUGUUCAAUUCCACUCCCGCGUCAAUAUCACUUAAGGCAGUAGUUUGAUGAAUCAGAUCCCCUCGGAUCAGCUGUAGUACCAAAUCCGGAGUAGUAUUAUUCAGCUUAGAGCUGCAUCAAUUUGGUAGACCGUCUGUCACCACGUAGAACACGGCUCAUUUCCAUCGUCAGUGCCCAGAAACACAGACCCUAUUUGUUCAUGAAAACCUCGGUCUCUGACCUGUGUGCUGUGAUGCUUUGUGAAAUAAGCACAUCAAGUCACGUUUGGUCUGCACGGGCCUUGCUUUCUCCCCAGCUGGAGCCAUUGGGACUGUGGACAGAGACACUGUUAUCUUUGCUCUCUGGGGCUCAGGGCAACAGUGCCCAUCAUUUUCGGCACAAGCCCCCCCCUUUCCUAUCACCCACCCACCCCUGUGAAUCUGGCUCUCAAUUUUCCCCUGGGUGAGCGGACAGGCCGGGGGUGGGGAGUCGGGGCUGGGAAGGAUGUCAUUCUGACCCCUCAUGGCACGGUGUCUCAGAAUUACAUAUUCAUGCUGGCAACCACAGUCUAGUCCUAGAGAUAAUUUCCUUUCCCAGAAUAUGACAAUCUGUUCCCAUGUAUAGUGUGCUGAUGACCUUAACAAUUGUGCAA